CUAUCGGCAUUGGUCACUGAUAAGAAAAUAUGAUAAGAGCGGUCUAAGUCAGCCUUCCAACAGCUAAUAUCUCCAAACACCCAAGGAAAUGGGUUCAGGUUUGUCAGCCGAGACCCGCAAUCUUAUCUCGCUGUCGCAAGCCGGUGAUGUGGAGGGGCUGCAGGAGGCGCUCGAAUCUCUCCCUGAGGACUCACUCAAGCCUCUUUUGGAUACGAACCCCCUGCACUCCCCUGCCAAGUCCGGUUACGAGGCGAUCGUCAGGUUGCUCCUGGAGAAAGGUGCUAAGGUCAACGCUAAAAACAAGGACGGUGAUCGUCCGUUGCAUUCUGCUGUCCGUGGCGGUUCUGAGGCAGUCGUCAAGACACUGCUAAGGAAGGAUGGUAUUAAAAUUGAUGCUGCGGAUGGAGCUGGCCGGACCCCCCUACACCUGGCCGCUGAAAAAGGUCACAACAGGAUAAUACAAAUGCUCCUUAAGAACGGUGCCAAUGUUAACGCCAUGAGGAACGAUGGGUGGAGUGCACUCCACGAAGCCGCUUACAAUGGCCACUGGACCACCCUGCAACAACUCAGGGACCAGGGAGGUAAAGUGGGCGGGCUCAGCAAAACCAAUGACACGCCCCUCCAUCUCGCAGCUUCUCAAAGCCACCCCCUCGCUGUCUUCACACUACUGGCGUCAGGUGCUUCGACGUGCCAGAGGAAUACGGACGGAAAGACGCCCCUUAACGUAGAAAGAACAAACACCUUCCCAGGCCAAUACGAUAAGAUACUAUCACAAUGCGUCUCCUUGACAGAGGCAACGCAGAAUUGGCAAGCAGCUGAAGAGGAAAAACUCAAACUGCAAAGAGAAAAGGAGCAUUUGCAGGAAAAACUGGAGCAGCGAGAUGAAGAAAUUACUAGGAAAGACGUAGAAAUAAGUGAUCUACAGAAGGAGAAGGAUCAACUGAAGGAAACGAAGGAAGACCAAAUCAAAUCGCUGCAGAAAGAACAAGAACAGAAAGAUUUAGAAGCCAUCAAGAGAAACACUGAGGUCAUUAAUCUGCAGAAUGAGACACUCGCACUGCGGAGAGAUCUUGGAGAAAAGGAAAAACAUAUCAGAUCACAACAGGAUGAACAUCAUCGGAAAGUACAAGAGAUCACUGGAAAUUAUGAAAGGAUGAAAACCGAGGCCGCUGAGUCACAGGCGAUGAACAAAAACCUCGAGGAAAUGCUUAUGACCAAAGAUGAGGAGAUAAGAUCACUCCAAAAACAACACAAAGCAGAACUUGCAAAAAUGAUGGGUAGAUUGAAGCAUAAAGACGCAGAAAUUAAGGAAAAGGAGAGUGAAAUUAAUGAUUUACAUGAGCAGAUGAGGAGUGACCAGAGAGAAAUGCUCGACCAGCAAGUGAAGCACGUGCGCGUAGAGACAGAGAACGAAAGCCUGAAGGAGCUUGUCAAGUCUUUGGAGGUUCAAUUAAAGGGAGAAGAGAGAAAAAAACACGAACUGGAAGUGGAGUUGAAAGAGAUGGAAGAUCAUCUCGCCCAAAUCAAGGAGCAACACACGCAAAAGGAAAGAAGUCUUCGGAGAGCGCAACGCAAGAAGGAGGAAGAAGCACUUAAAGAAAAAGAAGAAAUGGAGUCACUGAAGGCCAAGUUAGAGGAGCGAGAACAGGAACUUAGAAAAAUAAAUUUGCAACUGGGAGAGUUACAGUUGAAGGAACCUACGUUUAAUGGCAAGUCAAAAGAAGGCUUAAGCGAGGAUAACUGGACAAGCGGGCAGGGCGAAUCUCCACGAGCAGCAAAGUUUUCCGAAGCAAAUGAUGCGAUUAGUAAUCUACAACAAGCAGGUAGCUACGAAUAUUCGCAAACCGCUGGCAGCAGCAAACAUCCGCAAACACCAUUUCCUGAUAAGUAUCUACAAGCAGCAGAAAGCGACAACGACAAAUAUCUACACACAUCAAGCAGUGACAAAUAUCCCCAAACAGAAGACCUCAAUAACUACCCACGGACGGAAGGCAACGGCAGGCAUCUGCAAACGCCAUGCAACACCAAAUAUCCACGAGGAGCAGGCAGAGGAAGGGGACGGAGGACAUCAGGCAAGAGGGGCAAGUUUAAUCAAGCAGCAGGCAGAGGCAGGGGUUGGAGAGCAGGCAACGGUGAGCAAGCAACUAGCUAGAAUGAGUCUCCACCCAUUGCUAGUGGACGUGUUCAGGACCCUGCAAAUUUGUAUUCCAAUGAGGGUGGCCAGUGAGAGAGAGAAAGAGAAAGAGAGAGAGAAGGAAGGGUGGGGAGGAUAGAGAUAGGCAGAUAGAUAAAUUGAUAUACGAGGUGCAUCAGAAAAGUUCCAGGACUGAUGUCACAAAAAAUUAUUUCAAACCCAAACUUUACACUAAAACUUUUCCCUAGCAAAGUAAUCCCCCUAGAGUCUUUUGCACUUUCGCAUCCUUCUCUGCCACGCUUAAAUGCACUCCUGGAAGGAUUCUUCAGGGAUCCUCCGCAGUUCCGUCGUCACGGCCUUUUUGAUGUCGUCCACGUCUUCAAAACUAGUGCUCUUGAUGACCCCCUUGAGCUUGGGGAAGACAAGGAAUAUAGAAGAGAGGUAGCGUCAUCCCCUUUGAGCUGUGUGGUAACUAAAUGAAAUGUGAUUUUUUUCUGUUUAUUUUCUAAGCUUCAUUAUAAUAAUUUAAAAAUCGCAUGCUCAAAACAUUUUUUUUAUGGACUC